AGCGACCAAGGGGAGUGACUGAGUCAUUAAUGCCAGCAAUGGUGGUUGAUUGACGUGGGGAAGAUGACAAAGGGGAGUGACUGCGUGUGUUAGAUGGCAUAUUGCACCUCUUUUGGGGCCAUCCAUGGCUUAUCUCCUGGACCCAAAAAAAACCUUGAACAAAGCACAAUACUUCAUCCAAUGAGCUAUAUGCUGAUCAAGAACUAUUCUUGUAGCGAAGUAUCCACGAAAUCAUUCAUGACUAAUGGAAUAACAAGUUAUACGGUGCAAUUUAGCGUUGUUAACUAAUGAUUUUGUUUUCGGUGCUUUUUUGUUUGUGAUGAUCGUAGUCCUAAGCCGACGCGGAACUCUGACGUACGUGAGGCCCAACCCGAUGAUGAUUGCUCGUCUUCUAUGGUGUCGUAUCAUUGUGCGGCUCAUUUAUAGAUACGAUAUUACAUCAUGGCCAUAGACCCUAUGUACUCUUUCCACGUGACUGCGUCUCAGCGAGGAGUUGCAGCCCUAUCGCUGGUUCGGAGGAUGCGGAACCACUUGCAGGAGAUGGGGGUCGAAGGGGUGCUGACUUUGGAGUAGGAGAUUCACCUGACCGUGUGGUGUUUGUAGAAAUGUCGAUGUCGACGGCCUAAUCAAGCAGCGGGGUUUCCUGUUCUCCCGGCCUAAUCAAGGCGGUCCGAUGGCUUCUUCGAGUGCUCGGUUCUAAUUUGACUCCUGCAAAGCAUCAAUUGCUUGUAAACAAGGGAGUUCAUAAGGUUCUGAAACCAGAAGCCACCUUUAUUUCCAUUUCUUUGGCACAGAUAUCUGUUUGAACUUGCAGUCACAAGCAAUGAACAAGAGAUGCACUUACUCAACGUGUAGUAGAAGAACAACUUGUCAAAUGAUUCCAACUUGCAAUGGUUGUCAUAUGAAGAGUCCAAGUUUCUUCUGCUGUGCCAUACACAAGUGGGGCUUCCAAAAGCAGAGGUCAUAGUGGGAGCGUCCCUCUCGAUGGGGGAAGAGUGGGCGUGUCGUGCCAACUUAGUCUCCUAUUCCCCUCCGCAAGUGCUUGUGAAGAUGCCAGGACCAUCAUAGAUUUCUUUAAGCAAUGGAUUCUGUGACAAAUGAUACAUCCAAUCAGCGUGGAGGCCAACAGGGCAUCUUUGCUCCUUUUUGGUGGGAAAGAUCCUCAGCAGCAUGAAGAAGCUUCACUGAAGCAUGUCAAGCCACUUUACGCUUCAACUUUGCUGGCUUUCUAGUUUGUAAAGGCCGAGUGCCCAAAUGUCGACGCUAAGAAGCUUCAUUGAGGCAGCCUUUGUUCGCUUUCAAGGAUUCUUUGGCAAAGCCAUUAAAUCUCUCGAUGUCAAUCCAUGAAUGUGAUGCUACAAUUACCCAAUAGAAGUUUCAUCUGUAUCGGAACAGAAGGUGUUAAGACGCAGAAACAGUGUCUGCCACUCAGAGAAUCACAUGACUUGGUGAGCUUCUACAGCAUCAAACACCUAUUCCCAUGAGAAGCUGAACUUUGUUUCGCGAGUUUGGGAAGAGACGUACUAAAUUAUUGGCUGUGGCAUUAGGCCUUGGCUGCAUUUAGCAACUGAGCUUUCCCAGACUGACAUACUGCAAUGCCACGUUAACAACUCGAGCAUAUGUUUCUGGGAAGAAGAUACUGGGCUUUGCACAGGGAAUAAGAGGUCUCUAAGCUCGGAGGAUUCCAUGGAGUGAGAAGUCUGAUCGAAUUGUUUCGUAGCUCAAAUGGGAAGUGGAAUGCCAAAGUUUCCUGUGGAAGAAAUGGACACCACUCGAGAAGUCUCUACAAGGCAUAAGCGGUCUAAGAGAAUUUUCGUUGACAUCAUUCCUCUGUAAUGACAGUGACUCUGAUAAGAGAAUCAAGACUGGUAAGCUGGAUACAUCAGUAAUAUCAUUUCAUCAUGUUAGGAUGGACAUGGAAGAAGUCGGCCAAGCUGAAGUCAAGAAGAGGCCAUCACCUAACAAUGUCAUGGAAAGCUCUUUAAAGAAAGAGAUUCAACAACUUGAGAAAUGCCUCGAGGAUCAGUUUGUUUUACGUCGUGCACUAGAACAAGCAUUGCAGCACAAGAGCUCUGCCAUUGAUACAUCAGCUGAUACUUUUAUUCCCAAAUCAACCAAGGAAGUAAUAAGGGACAUUGCGAUGUUGGAGUUAGAGGUUGUGCAUUUGGAACAAUACCUUCUAUCCCUCUACAGGAGAGCUUUCGAGCAACAAAUGUCCGGUGCAUCACGUACUGCAGUUGAAGCUGCAACACAUGCUGCCUCAUUCCAAAAGUUCAGAUCAGCAGUUCGGUCGAAUCACAUCUUGCUUCCACAAAAGAUGGCAAAUUGUCGAGAGAAGCGUGGUUGUCUUCUUCACCGCAGCCAUUCCUCGCUAAUGCCACCUUCAUCAAAGUAUCCAACUCGAGCUCUCGAGGCAUGCCAUGCUUUAUCUUUCCUUGAACAUGAACAGCAGUUCAAUUCGGGGGUCAUUAGCUUAGCAGAUCAUCUUGGAACCACUGUCUCUGAUCAUGUUCCUGAGACACCGUACAGACUCUCCGAAGACAUGAUCAGGUCCAUGUGUGCCAUCUACCGCAAACUGACAGACCACCACGUUGGCAAUUGUGGUGUUGCAUCCUCUCCGACUUCAUCCUUCUCAUCUAGGAAUACAUUUUCUCCCUGUUAUACCGGAGAACUGCAGAGUCGUUGCCGCAAAAGGGAAUCCAUGGUUGAUACAUGGAUAGAAAAUUCUUGCUGUACCAAAAGAUUCCGGGAGUUCAGUGGACCUUACAGUGUGAUGGUGGAAGUGUCUUCUAUCUGCAAAUCCAGUCAAACGUCUACCGUUGUUGAAGAGAUGCUACAUAACUACAAAGCGCUUGUCCAUCGACUUGAAACAGUUGAUCCAAGGAUGAUGAGCAACGAGGAAAAGAUUGCUUUCUGGAUUAACAUACACAAUGCUAUAUUAAUGCAUGCACAUCUAGAAUAUGGGAUUCCAGGAAGCAACAUAAAGAAGGUAUCAUUUUUCUUCAAGAACAUGUACAAUAUAGGUGGUCGUAUGGUGAAUGCGUACAUAAUACAAAGCUCGAUACUUGGCUGUCGUAUGCAUCCUCCAGGACAGUGGCUACGGCUAAUAAUCUCCUCAAAGGUGAAGGUCAAGGAUGGUGAUGAGUGGAAAGGCUACGCCAUUGAGAACCCUCAACCUCUACUACGUUUCGCACUUUGUGCAGGAAGCCAUUCAGAUCCUGCCGUUCGAGUGUACAGUCCCAAGAGAUUGUCCCAACUGCUGGAAGCUGCAAAGAUGGAGUACAUCCAUGCUACUGUGACUAUUAGGAGGGGACAGAAGAUUCUUCUGCCAAAGAUUGUGGAUUCCUUUGCAAAGGACUCCAAGUUUUCUGACCGAGAAUUAGUGGACAUGAUCGAGUGCUGUGUUCCUGAGAGUUUGAGGUUGAUGGUCGAUGGAUGCCGUGGGAGUAGCUCUCGAAAGAUGAUCGAGUGGGUGCCUCACAACUUCACUUUCAGAUACUUGUUAUCAAGAGAACUCGGAAAUCCAAGAUUAAACUGAUCCCAUGUAGCAUUGAUCAAUAUAUCGACACCAAAUGAUCAAUAUAUUGGUAUCUGAUUAUCACGGAAUUA